AUGGGUGUAACAAGAAUUCCUCGACCUAUUGUUCAUUUUAUUUUAAAUCAAAAAGCAGAUUUAAAUAUUGAUAAUAAUAAAGCAGCUAUUGAAAAAAUAAUAAAUGAUUUAAAACGAGAAGGUUUAGAUAAAUCAAUUGAUAUUCGAAAAGAAACAUUUCAUACACUUCCAUCAGCAUUUAAAAAAGAAGGACAAACAUUAAUAUCGAAAAAAACAUCAUUGACUCAAAUAAAAACAACACCAGAUUUUAUUGAAAGUGUUCAAUUAUUAUUUGGAAGAAUUUUUAAUUCAGUUCAAUUAACAAAUAUAUCUGAUCCUCUUCAAUGGUUAUCAUCAUCAAUAACAAUAUUUGAAACAUUACAAAAAUUUUCUGAUUUAACUUAUUAUCGAAAUAUUCAUGAACAACGUUUAGAUAAUCAAAUACGUGGACAUAUUCGAGAAAUUUUAUUGAAAAUCUUUUCUAUUGAUUAUCGUAAUGAAUUAAUUCUGCAAACAACAAAUAAGACUAAAGAUGAAAUUCAAAAAUUCUUUCUUGAUAAACAAAAUCAAAUUGAAGAACAAACUCAAAAUGAUCUCGAAAAUUUAUUUAAAUUAUUAAAAGUAUCUGAAUUACUUCGUAAACGAAAUCAACAAUUUCUUCAUGUACAAAUUAUUGAAAUGUUUAAUAUUUUACAAAUAUUAAAUAUUGAAAGCAAUCGACGACAACAAGUUAAUACAACUAUUCAUCAUGCUGAAGAACAACUUCGACAAUUAAUUGAACAUGUCAUUCGAAAUGGAAGACUUAUGUUAUAUGAAACUGCUGAACAAGAAUUUGAACGGAUGUAUCAAAAUACAAUUGGAUUUCUUCGAGAUGAAUUCAAUCCAAACGAAUGUCUUAAACAAGCAAUAAAAGAUAUUUAUAUAAAUUAUAACAUCUAUGAAAAAGAAUGUUUACUCGAAUUUUCUUCAAUUGAUAUUCAUUCUUCAUUAUUAGCUGAUCAAACAUCAAUUGAUAAUCUAGAAGAAAUUUUCGUUUCAUAUUUUACUAAUUUAGCUUAUAAAACAGCUUCCGUUACUGUACAUCAUUUUAAUCCAACAGGAACACCAGUUUAUUCUCUUGAUAUUAUCAAUAGUCUCAACUAUUUAAAUCAAAACUUAUUAGAACGAGAAUUUCGAACUUUUGUCAAUCAAACAAGUUCUCAAAUAAUAAAUAAUAAUAGAUGGCAAGAUACUGAUCAGGAAAGAUCAAUGUAUCAAACAUCAAAUUCUUCGUCAUACCAUCAGCCAAAUGAACAUUCAAAUCUAACCUCCACUGAUCAGUUUCAAAUACAAGUCAGACAAGCUAUUGAAAAUCAAAAACUAAUAAUGUUAGGAAGAUCAUCUACAGAUGAACGAAAUAUGUAUUUAAGACUUUCAGAAAUCAUUCGAGAAGUAAUUCGACGAAUCAGACAAACAAUGCAAGGGAUAAAUGAUGGUCAAGUACGACAAAUUCGAAUUGAAUUAAUACAAAAAAUAGUUGGAUUAAUUAAUUCAUUAAUUAUUGAAAUUAAAACAGAAUUAGAUCCAUUUUGUUUAGAAUCAUCUCAUCAAUUAAAAUCAAUAUUACAUAUUUGUGCUGUUAUUUUAUUAACAAAAUAUUAUUAUCAUGAACAAAUCAAUCAUUUCAAUCAAAUUCUAGCUGAUUUUGAACGAAAAAAAUCAGAUUUAAAAGAAUAUUUUCUUGCUAAUGCUUGUUCUAAUAGCUCAAGAGACAAAAAUUAUGCCAUUAAUCUUGCACAACAAUUUAAAGAUUAUCUAAUUCAAUCAUUAUCAAACGAUGGACAGCGGAUCAUUACUGGAGAUUCUAAAUAA